ACUGUAGAUGAUAUCCUAUUCACAAACCGAAAGCGACCUAAAUGAGCUCAACUUCAUGUUGCUUGUGGACAAUCGAUGGGCCUGUUGAUUUGUGUUAAAAGACCACCAUUUUUCCUUGCUGCAACAUGAGACUGAAAGCUUUGGAUUGAUAUGGAGAAGAUGGGCAUAAAGGGUUGCCAAUCAUCUGAAACAUGAUGAUGAUGGACCAGUUAACUCACCGUGGACUUGUGAGGCUUGCUCAGAAAAAUGGCGGCAUAUUUCACCUCAAUAUGGGGUUCUUGCACGUGGUUGCUAUAUCCAAUCCCGAAAUGGCUCGCCAGGUUCUCAAGGUUCAGGAUAACAUUAUUUUUAACAAGCCAGCCACCAUAACUAUCGCUAGCUCCGCCCCGAGGGCCGAUAUGGCUUUUUCUCAUUACGGACCUUUCUAGAGACAGAUGCGUAAGCUCUGCGUAAUGAAGCUUUUCAGCAGGAAAAAAGCUGAGUCAUGGGAGUCCGUCAGAGAUGAAGUGGAGUCUCUCGUUAAAGCUGUUUGAGCCGGACCAACGGCGAGUCCACUCAUUGCCGUGCCAAAGAAACGCCUGCUUUGUCCACUCUUGAAAACGAAAGGAAAACCAUUUGAGUCUUUGCAACAUUUAACAAAGAUUGUGUUAAGUUAUCAGUAUUUUUUAAUUAAUGUGAAAUGGAUAUAAUUAAGAAUUGCACAACUGAACAAUGCCCUUUUUUUUUUUUCAUCAUUUAAGCCUUAUAUCUGAAGUUAAAGAGCUCCAAAACGACGUCGGAGGCAAUCAGAACCUUUUGCUCUCCGCUUUCCCGACUCUGAGUAAAGAUGGCCGAUACUGAGUGGAGAGAAAACAACGAGAAAGAAUGGAGAGGAGCAGAGAAGAGAAAGGAGAAGAGGAGAAGCAAAACCAAAACGAAAAUGGAAAAGGAAAAUCGUGCAAAGGAUUUCUUUAUUACUCUUCUACUAUCAAAUCCCAAGAUCGCAACCCUCGUUGCAUUGGCAUUCCUCGUUCUCUCCCUCAAGGAACGAGCUAUGCUGUUGGACAAUCUGAGGCUGAAACUUCUAGGGAGAGGCGUGGCCUUGUAGGAUUUCAUUAUGCUUGCGCGGGUUACUCCGUGUAUAUGAGCAGAAAUGAAGGUUCAGUUGAUAAGGAAGAGGAUAAACCUGAAUUGCCUGCUUGUCUCGGCUUUGAGUUUGUGGCAUAUAGGAGAACUCCUGCUGCUGGCCCUGCUUCAGCUUCUGCUCAUGUUCAUCGCAGAGGAGAUCUCAUGAGUUUCAACUUUCAACAACUCAAUGCAGAAGAUCGUGAUAUUCGGCAACCUCGAACUCACAAACCCACACAUGCUGUAGGGGAUGACUUCCUGCACAGGUUUACAAGGAAUGCAAACCUUGUUGCCUCAGGGGUAGCCAAGAACAUGCGUAGAGUGGGGAACUACAUGAAAGAGACCGUAGAUGAUAUUCUAUUCCCGUACUGAAAGCGACCUAAGUGAUCUAUCUGUCCUGAAUAUUUGAAGACAAGUAGCUAGCAGUAAUGGGCUUCAUUCGGAAUCUGUGGUCUUCACGAAAUCACUUCCGUGCAUCUUUUCAUUUUAUUUUUUCAAUCAAAUAGUUGUCUUACUGUGAGUUAGACAGAGACUUGUUUCACCCUUAUCUAUGAUCCGUAUGGAUAGGGUCAUCUAUUUUGAUCAUGUUAUCGAGCCUGCAUGGAGAGUAGGGGUUGACAAGGGUCUUCUUUGUAUGAUAGAACAAGCUUUUAGCUAUUCAAAAUUCUGCCAAUAUCAAUUCGAUAUUACAUUUUUGUUCA